AUGAUUGCUUACCUCUUAGGAAGGCUGUCCCCUUCCUUCCUCGAAUACUGGCCGCCCUCCCUUGUUAACCUUUUCACUCGAUUGCGUAUGGCUGAAUACUGUCCCCAGACCCCCACCCCGGUUCGGAUCUCACGAUGCUAUCGACUCCCCGCUGAUGCUGGAGGCAGUCGUUUCGAGUCCCGGAGUGACGUUGUGCUGGCUAGCCAGUUGUCCGUCUCCCCCUCCCUACUUCUUGACCCAGUUGCCGCGGCUACUCCGAAGACCACUCGUCUAGCCACCCCCCGUCGUUGA